CUUUAUUGAGAAAAAAUCAUAAAAAUAGAAACUAAAAAAUGGAAUCAGCAGAAGAAAAACAGAAGGAAAUCCUUAAGACAUUGGACUUCCCUUCUGUCGCUGCCAUGCAAAUGGCAUCCAUUGAUGAUAUUGGCAAGUGAAUCUCUAAGAACCCUCAGCUCUCAGAUUUAAAGGUGGGAGAGCUUUACAUGGAAUACGCAGAAACAAUGGGCUUCAACUUCGACAGUUGCUGGGAAGAAGUCUUACGAGGAAUAGAAGGCGUGAAGAAGUUCAACACAGGAAUUGAUGCCAUCGAUAACUCACUAAAGAAAGGAGCAGAAUUAUGUUCAGAUGAAUUAGUCGAAUUGGUAGGCCCUAGUGGGGGAGGUAAGACCACCCUGGCAUUGAGAAUAGCAUCUAGAGCAAUUUUUGAAAAAGAUGCAGAGGUUAUCUAUAUCGAUUCCAGUAACUAUUGAAACCCAGAUAAUAUCAAGGCAUUACUAUCAUUGAGCAUGAAGUCUUAUGAGGAUUCAAAUGAGGAGAUGUUGUAUAAAUAAGCUCGAAAACUUUCGAAUCAUCAAUGUCUAUACUUUAGAUGAGCUCAUAAUCUUUUUGUCAACAUUGAUAUCAUGAUGAAAGAACCCAGUUGGAGGAUUUUCAAAGCCUCACAUUUGAGUAAUUGACUCAAUAUCUGCCAUGUCUUCAUGCUAUCAAAAGAGUGAAACAAACAAGCUACUGAAAGAAGUUCUUACACUUAUAAAGAAGCUGAACAAGAAAUACCAUUGAAUGGUUUUAUUCACUAAUAAUGCAUAUGAUGGAGCAAACACAAUCUGCGAAUUAACUAGGCUUACUCAGGAACCUAUCGAUAUCAGCGUUGAUAAGAGUAUUUAUUGAUGUAGAGGGAAAACAGGCACACAAUAUCUUGUUAUUAACUCAUAAUUUGUAAAGAAUUGAUAAAAAAUA